AUGGGUCGAGCUGAAGCCGACACGGUUUGCCUGGAGGAGACCCGCGUCAAGAUCACCCCGGAAGAGGCCAAUGAGGGCGACUACAUCCACGCCAAUUGGGUCAAGAUGGACAACCGGGAGACGUGGAUCGCCACCCAGGCGCCCACCGACGCCACCAUCGUCGACUUUUGGCGCAUGUGCUGGGAGCACGAGGUGGUGAACAUUGUGCAGCUGUGCCGUCUCGUCGAAAACGGAAAGAACAAGUGCGCUGCCUACUGGCCGGACGAGCCGGGCCUCUUCCAGAAUCACGGCCGCUUCUUCGUCAACAACAAGAAAAAGGAGAAGCAGGAGGGCUUUACGGCCAUGACGAUCGAGCUGUUGCCGGAUGGGUGCUCGAACAGCCGCAUUAUUCGGCUCAUCCAAAUGCCGGACUGGCCGGACCACGGCGUCCCCACCAGCCGACGGGGCGUCCUCCGCUUUCUUCGUGCUUUGGAGAAGCACGGCGACGAGUUGAACAAGGGCCAAACGGUGAUGCACUGCUCGGCGGGCGUCGGCCGCACCGGCACGAUCAUGCUCAUCCACUGGAUCAAAACGGCAUGCAUGGCCAACGAGUCGGUCGACCCGUUCGAGAUGUUCAAGAAGGUGCGCGACCAGCGUGCCUGCUCGGUGCAGACGGAGCAGCAGUUCCUGUUCAUCUUUGCGACGUGCCUGGAAUGGGUCGAUGCCCGCUUCGCCGAGCUGCCCCAGCUGCCGAACUUUAAGACGACGUUGAGCGCGCUGACGGGCGCCGCCACAUCCGGCAACGCGACGGCU